AUGAACGAAUCUCAAAAAGAUAUGUUGGUGAAAUUUGGAGAUGUAUUUUUCAAUGCCUGGUGCAAAAUAAUGACUCCACCUAAGCAAAGAUUGUUCUGUUCAUGGCAUGUUGACAGAGCAUGGAGAAAAAAUUUGUGUAGGCAUAACAAUCAAGAAAGUUUUCAGGGAAUUUUAGAAGAGGCUAUACACUACAUGAAAACAGAACCGGAUCUUUCGGAAUUUGGGAUGUAUUUUGAAAAAACCUACAUGGCCACAUCUACAAAUUGGGCAUAUUGUUACUGCCAGCACAACACUACAAACACCAACAUGCAUUUAGAAAGAGUGAAUGGUGUGAUCAAACACAUAUAUUUGAAGGGAAAGAAGCCCAAACGACUGGAUGUGGCCAUCCAUGCACUUAUGCGCUACUUGCGAGACAAGUUGGGAGAUAGGUUGAUUCAUUUGAAUAAAGGAAAAUUGACGACCAAAUUAUCAACCAUAAGGCAACGACAUCUAUCAUCAGAGCAGUUGAAACUUGAAAAUGUUAUUUGUGGAGAUAGAGAGUGGGAAGUAGUAUCAGCAAACAAUGAGGAUACAUACAUUGUAAAAAAUUGCAAGGCAGUCUAUGCAAAUUGCAAACAUAUUGAUUUAGUUUGCAUAUUUACAUCUGAAAAAGUUGAUAGCGAACCUGAGUCCUCGGACACUGACUUGACUGUCUGUGAGCCAGGUAGUGGCGAUAAUCAGGAUGUCAUAAUAAAGGAGUUGCAAAACCCUGUCAUAUUGAGACACUUUAAAAGCCUGGAACACAAACGAGAAAAGCUUUUUCAACAGUUUAAUCUAUGUUUGAAUGAAGCCACAUCUGAAGAGGCAUGUGAAGUCAUCAGCAAAUGUCUGUCCACUCUGAUGCCCACUCUUCAAGCUAUGCAGUCUACAUCAACUAAAUUACCUGCCCUUUCAUCAAGCAAAGUUUCUCAAUUUGAGCCUCAGAAAAAGUUUGUGGCCACCAAAAGGAAAUGGGAAACGACGUGUGUGCCAAUCAUGAAGCCUGACAUAUCAGAAAGAAGAAAUAUUGUCACUGGACUAUUACCAACACAUCAAGAUGGGGGAUUGAGCAGUGACUGA